UGACGUCAUGAUGCUACGUGGAAAGGAAGUAGCGAAGAGGCUAAUGCUAGUGGGGAUACAAGUUGUGAUCGACCAAAACAAACGAUGACGGCCGAGCAAGGGAGCCGAAAAAAAGCUUGGAUUUAACAUGGGGAUGCUUUUGCUUUGACCGUUGUGGCAGAGUUAUAUACGGUAUUAGAAAUACCUGUAUUUCUACAUGAGAUAUGCGAUUUUGAAUGCCAACUGGCCAGUUUGCGAACUGUAGCUAACUGUAUUACGUUACUGGGAUUAAUGCUGUCCCUGUAUUUACAGUGUUGCUAACUAGCUAAGUGGAAGCUAGCUGUCAACAAAGCUUUUCUGGACAGAACAACACGUUGCGAAAUAUUGUUCGCACCAGGUUAUCGUUGAUAACGACAAAUGCAGAGACAGUUCAAGUUCCUCUGCUUUGUGUGGUAACGCCAAAUUCCCUUUUAAAUCCGUGUGACAAUUUAUGAACUUGGUGAUAGCUAGCUAGCCUAACAGUCAAAAUGAGUUGGUUCAACGCAUCUCACCUGUCCAGCUUCGCUAAACAAGCUUUAACAACAGCUCAGAAGUCAAUCGACCGAGUUCUGGACAUCAAAGAAGAGGACCAAUGGGGUGACACAGUUGUAAAGCCCUAUGAUGAUGUUACAAUACCGGGGAAGCUGUCAUUAAGUGGAGGAUGGGGAAUGACGCAGUGGGAAGCACCCCUUGAAGAAAAGACCACCACUCCUCCUCCUUCCUCUGAGGCCAUUACUACUCCUGUUACUCGCACAGUUGUGGAUGAAUCCGAAAACUUUUUUAGUGCCUUUCUGCCACCUGGAGACGUACAAGGUGGCACCAACACCCAGGUAGUGUCUGUACCCCCUACUAAGUCUCAAAUAAGGCCUCAGGAGAAAGAAAAGAAAAACAUCGAGGCUGUGGCACAAAAAGAAGUAGAGACUCAAAAUUCAGCACCUGCGGAUGAGAGUCAAGAGAAUCAGACAGUUGCUGAGAGCCAGCCAGUUGAGCUUGAGUCCUCACCAACAGCACCGUAUGCAGACACUAUCCUCCUGCAGCCAGUUUCCCCUGCUUCUUCUUCCAUCGAUCUUCCUUGUAACCCUGACAGCGAAAAAAGCAUUGUAAAAACAGAUGCUAGCUCUCCAGUUUUUGUAGACUCAAAAACGGAGCAGUCACAGAAAGCAUCAGAUCACGAGGUUGAGCAGGAUACCACAGAUUCAUCUGAACCUGCUGCUGUCACUUCUGAGCCUAAGAGCUCUACACCUUCUGAUCCUUCGCCCUCCCCGUCCUCUAAGGGGGUUCUCAUAGAGCAUAAAGACUCAAAGGUGGAGGACCGUCAAAAUGACACCCCCUCUCCUCCAGUCAGCGCUUUCUCCUCAGGAACCUCUACCACCAGUGACAUUGAAGUUCUUGACCAUGACUCUGUGUUGAGUGAGAGCUCAGCCAGCUCCAGACAAGAAACAGGGGAGAGCAAGGCUGGCCUUCACCUAAUGCAGGGCUCCUUCCAGCUUCUCACUGCCUCCACCUGUGGAGAUUUCCCCCGUCUGGAGGACUAUUCCAAACUCACAGAGAGCAGCGGCUCUUCCUCGGAUGCAUUUGAGCGCAUAGAUUCAUUCAGCGUGCAGUCAUUGGAUAGCCGGAGUGUCAGUGAGGUUAACUCGGAUGAUGAGAUCCCUGGGAGUCGGACGCUAGCGUCUGUCACUGCAGGCCCUCCUUUAACAGUGUCAUCAGCUGUAUGUCAGAAGCAGGAAGAUGGAGGAGAAGAGAAGGUAGGAGAGGAGAAGGAGAAGGAAGAGGAGAAGGAGGAGGAAGAGGAGGAGGAGGAAGAGGGCUUUACUGAAACAAUGAGGGAACAGUCGCUGGAUGAGAUGGAGGAGAGCGGACGGAGUGUGACACCUGUUAAUAGUGAGCAGCCUGAAGAGUUGACAGAACAGGAACAGGAAUCCGAGGCUAACCCACUGUCUGGUCCCACCUCCAAAGCUGAAGAACAGACCACUCCUCCAAUCACUGAAGAGAUGAGAAGUGUCUCAACAGUUCAGAUUUUGGAGCUUCAAAAGGUUAUUGACGACUUGUCGGGCCGCCUUGAGAAGAGAGAGUCUCAGCUGCUGGCUGUCAGCAAAGACAAGGCCAAGCUGGACGAGCAGUGUGACAAUCUCAAAGAUGAAGUGAUAAGCCUGAAGGAGGAGAGCUCCACUGUUCAGUCCCUAAAGGAAGAGUUCACCCAGCGCAUAGCAGAUGCAGAGAGGAAGGCUCAGCUGGCCUGCAAAGAAAGAGACAUAGCCAAGAAGGAAAUAAAGGGUUUGCGAGAAGAGCUUUCUACAAGACUUCACUCCAGUGAUACAAUGGAGAUCAUCAAAGAGAAGGAAGAACAGAUCAGAGGCCUGCUGGAAGAAGGUGAAAAGUUGUCCAAGCAGCAGCUGCAGCACAGCAACAUCAUCAAGAAACUGCGUGGGAAGGAGAAGGAGAGCGACGCAAGGAUGACCAAGCAACAGAGGAAAAUCAAGGAGCAGGAGGAGGAGCUCGGGCAACUGCAGCAGGUUCUAGAUGGGAAGGAGGAGGUGGAGAGGCAGCACAGGGAGAACAUCAAGAAGCUGAACGCUGUGGUGGAGCGGCAGGAGAAGGAGCUGAGCAAGCUGCAGGCGGAGUCUGAGGAGCUGCAGGAGAAGAACCGGAGCCUCCAGGCUGCUCUGGACAACUGUUACAAGGAGCUGGCAGAACUUCACAAGGCGCAUGUCAGCAGGACCAGUGAGGCUGAAGAAGCAGCUCUUAGCAGGGAAACACAGGCCAAGGAGCAGCUGAGCCUGGCUUAUGAGAAGGCCCAGGAGGAGGCCAGGAUGCAACAGGAGGCUCUGGCCAAUCAGGUGGCUGACCUGAGACUGGCUCUGCAGAGAGCUGAGCAACAGCAAGCAAGGAAAGAAGAUUAUUUAAGGGAGGAGAUCAGUGAGCUGCAGCAGAGGCUUCAGGAAGCAGAGACUAGGAACCAGGAACUCAGUCAGAGUGUUACCUCUGCAACACGGCCCCUACUGCGACAAAUUGAGAACUUACAGGCCUCAUUGGGUGGACAGACGGCAUCCUGGGAAAAACUUGAGAAGAACAUCUCUGAUAGACUAGCGGAUGCCCAGGCACAGUUGGCCGUUGCUGUGGAAAAGGAGCGAUCAGCAACAGAAGACCUUCUGUCCAUCAAGUCCCAGCUGGCCUCUCUGGAGUCCCAGAAUUCCCUGUUACGCCAGGAGAAGGCCCGGCUCCUGGCUCAGCUGGAUUCUGAGAGAAACAAGAGAGAAAAACUGGAGGAUGAGAGUAGCAGGGAGCAUGUUGAUUUGGAAAAUCUGAGAGGAGAACACAGUCGCAUGCUAGAAGAGGCCAAGAAAGAAAAGCUGCUGCUGACCAAUCAAUUAGAGAUGGAGAAGAUGAAGGUGGAGCAAGAGAAGAAGAAAUGCUACUUGGCACAUGAAGCACUGAAGGAAAAGGAGCGAAAGGCUAUGACCCACUCUGUAGGAGAGGCCCCAGCCUCCUCCACACCCUCCUUAUCCCGCUCUAGCUCAAUCAGUGGGGCUGACAAUGCUGGUCUACAUACCUCUGUUCUUUCCCAGGAUGACUGUUUAGACCACUCUCUAGGUACAAUGACCAUGUCUAUGUCGAUGAGCGGCACCAACCUGUACGAGGCCGCCAGGCUGUCUGGAGGCUCCAGCGUCAUAGAGAACCUCCAGUCUCAGCUCAAACUCCGAGAAGGAGAGAUAGCACAACUGCAGCUUGAGAUCUCCAGUCUAGAGAGGAGUCGUUCUGUGAUGGCAGAAGAGCUGGUCCGACUCACCAAUCAAAACGAUGAGAUGGAGGAGAUGGUGAAGGACAUCCCCAAGUUGAAAGUUCAACUCAAGGAUCUGGAGCAGAGGCACAACACUAUCCUGCAGAUGUAUGGAGAAAAGGCUGAAGAGGCAGAGGAGCUGAGACUGGACCUUGAAGAUGUGAAGAACAUGUACAAAAUCCAGAUUGAUGAACUCCUGAAGAACCAGAAAUAAUUCACUGAACUGUGCUACUUUUGGGACACUCCCAAACAAAUCAUUUGACCAUCUCAGCCACACAUUCACAGACAAAAAGGUAGAGCAGAGAAUUUAAAUGUAAUCACUGUUAAAAGAAAAUUAUUUUAUCUUUAUCCAUUUUAUUUUAAUUAAUUAUGGCAUAUUUUAUUUAAGUGGGAAUGUUGGGAUUAUGCAAAAUAUACAAUGUAUUAUUACAGAACCAAUAUGAAGGAUAGCCAGAGUUCAUGAUUUGGGUGUCUAUUUGAAAUCUUUGGGACUUGGUCAUGAUUAAACAUUUUACAUAGUAUUGUAUAGACAGUUUCUAACUGUAGGAGAUGGUCAUGGUUUUUUGCACUAUACAAAUCCAUCCUUGUUUAUUUCUUAAUGCAUAAUCAGAAUGGUUUAAGAAAUAUAUAAAAAUAUUGUACAGAGAAAUUGAUGUAUUGUUCUCAACUCCUUAGAAAUCACAAAAAGUGGUUUAGACCUGAGAGUAGUCUGUGAUUGAAAUCCUGAAGAUUGGAUUUUAAACCUUAUAAAUAUGUAAAUGAAUAAACCUUUAUUUGGGUGGUGAACACUACUGAUAUUCUUAAUUUGAAUUGUGUGGAUUCCACAGAAGUCAUUAUUUUAAUUGCAUUCAUAAAAAAUACUACAUUAUCUUAAUGUUGCACAAAAGUCUCCAAAUAAAUCUCCAUGUCCGGAACAAUUUCAAA